AGAAAGUAGUAAUGACACACUUUACUGUUACAGUUCGAAGCAGUAGUAAGAUCUAAUUACUAUAAUCCUACCUUAUAAAUAUGUCCUGGGUUUUGUAGAUAACAAAGAUAAGAAAUAUUAAAAAAAAAAAAUAGAGCGAUAGCGAACAUUUAUAUAUCUGUCAAGUACAACGCGAGAUUUCAAACACACUUUCGCAUUAAGUUAAGAAGUUUCUUUUGCGAGAACGAGAGAUAAAGUGAGAAAUGACUUCUGAACUUCUGCAACUUUGUUGGGAGAACUUGACCGUAACCGUGUCAAUCGAAGACGACAAGUGUUCGAAAAAAUUUUCGUCCAGAUUUUCACGUAGAAAAUGUGUAAAACCGCUUGAUAUACUAAGAAAAGUAUCCGGCUACGCGGAACCUGGUAAUAUGUUUGCUAUAUUAGGACCGAGUGGUGCCGGUAAAACUAUGUUUCUUGCUGCUUUGGCAAGAAGACUUAAAUUAACUUCGGGCGAAGUGAAAAUAAAUGGGUAUAAUGUUUCUAAAGAAACGAUGAUGGAAGUAUCAAGCUACAUGCCGCAAUUUGACGCUCUGCCUUCUGCGCUCACGCCGAAGGAAUAUAUGUUGUUUACGUGUGCCCUGAAAAUAGGAAAUAGUUGUAGAGUGUCGCGAAGAAAAUUCUUUGGAGAAGAACUUCUGCGCAAUCUUGGAUUGCACGAUUGCGGCGAUACGGUGAUUUCAAAGUUAUCCGGCGGUGAAAAGAAGCGUUUAUCCUUGGCCGCGGAAUUGGUGACAAAACCCAAAAUACUCUUUUUAGACGAGCCGACCACAGGUUUGGAUACUUUUGCCGCGACAUGCGUCGCGGAAUCGUUGAAACUGAUCGCCUCGAGAAACACCAUAGUGUUUUGCACGAUUCAUCAGCCGGGUAUGUCAAUAUACAGCAUAUUCAGUCACGUGAUAUUGAUGGCCGAUGGAAAAUCGGUAUACUUCGGCACUCGGGAACGCGCCACGGAGUUUUUCGAAAGCCAGAAUUAUCGCUGCCCGGCGAACUACGACGAGUCCGAAUAUUACGUGAAUAUUCUGUCACGUCGGAACUCGACACAUCGCGAUAGCGAACAACUGUGUCAAGCGUUCUCGCGAUCGCUGCUGUCAAAAAUUCCCGCAGUCGAGUGCGCUCCAAUGUUUCAUGCCGCUUCUCAAAAGAAGUCAGGAUGGUUCGUGCAAUUUUAUUGGCUGUCCUGGAGAAUGUUUCUGCAAAGUAAAAGAACAGCUUUCGAUAAUUGGAUCGCAUGGUUUUCUUAUUCUCUUUCUAUUAUCUUUAUUAGUAUCUAUUUUACUGGCAUCGACUCGUCGACACAAAACGGAAUACAAGGCGCUCGAGGCGCUUUGUACAUGACGAUCUCCGAAAUUGUUUUCACGAUCGUCUAUUCCGUUCUUUACGAAUUGCCUGGUGAACUCGUGCUUUAUCUUCGCGAAAAUACCGUGUACGCACCUGGACCUUAUUACUUCGCAGUAGUUCUCGGUUUGAUACCCAAAACAACAUUUAAAGCCCUUUUGUUCACGCUCGUGAUGUAUUUCAUACUGCAUUCGGAAUUUCAACUGCUCGAUGUUCUCUUAUAUUGUCUCUGUACGACAACAGCGGCAGUUUGCGGCACCGCGUAUGGUCUGAUAAUGUCCAGCUGGAUCGUCGACAUUGAAAUUCUGACAACUGUAAUGAUACCGCUCGAUCUGCUGUUUCUUCUUAUGGCCGGCAUGUUCUAUAAUCUUUGCACUUUGCCGAACUAUUUGCUCUACUUGAAAUAUUUCUCGAUAUUUUACUACGCCAACGAAGCCAUUUCGAUAGCAUAUUGGUCAGAAGUAAAGAAUAUAGAUUGUCCAGUAAACUACAGUUUGCCUUGUUUGUUGAACGGAACAGAAGUUUUAACGGAAUACGGGUAUAAUGAGGAAAACUUCUGGUUCGAUAUCACCGGAUUAUUGCUUCUAACAAUUCUGAUGAACAUUUUUGGAUAUUUCGGUACAAAAAGAAGAAGGACAUUGAAGUCAAUUAUUUAGUUCGGAGAAAAGUAAUCGAUAAGUUUAUAUUAUAAAACGACUGUAAAGUAAAAUACAAAUCUUGAUUAUUCACUAAUUUUUUUUAACACAGUUUCAAAAUUUUGUUAAUACCGCAUAUUUAUCAUGCCACAAAUUCAAAUAAUCAUAAUAUUUUGUUCAUUCACGUCAGCAAAUUGUGUUUUCGCUCGAGCAGUUAAACUACCGUUUUUUCGAGCAACCUAAUUUCCACAUGUGCAACUAAUUUAUCUGUUACAUAAACCAGCUGCAAAAAUAAUGUAAAAAAAAAAAAAAAACAAGAAGAGAAAAACUAUAAACAGUAAUUACGGUUGCGGCAAAGCGGAACGUUUUUUUUUUUUGUUAGUUCUCCUCAACAAAAAGGCAGAAACGAGAAAACGCUGUUGUUUCUGAAAUGUGUCUGUGUCGCUAAUAAAGAAUAACUGAUUCUGUGAAGAAACGACGAGAAAAGACAGCAAAAAAAAGUUUAAUUUAACUAAUUAUGCGGUUCUUUUUUAUCAUCUUCCGUUCUUUACUACUUUUGCAAAUUUUUAAAAAAUAUUCUCAAGUUUAUAUAACAACGUUGCAAAGUAAAAAUUAAGGUAAUCGCUCUUUUUUUUUUUUUUUUUCGAUCGAUUGUGUUAGAACUAGGAGUCGAAAACAGCAAAGAAACGGGACGACGCGCGCGAAGACAUGCGCCCAAAAGAGUGGGGGAGAUCUGCCGCAAUCGCAAUAAAACGAUGAAAAUAUUGGAAUCGGCGCAAUAUGAUUUCACGACGGGUCGCGAAAUGAAACGAAACAAUGUUUGCGUUGCGCGGAACCGUCGAAUAUUCCUCUCUCGUUCUCAUCUCAUCCUCUCUCACCUCUCUGGCCGCGCUGCGAGUCGAGGAUUUGUUAAUAUUGAGCGCGUUCUAGCUAGUACAGUGCCAAAAUGGCCGGCGUUUAGUCGUCCCUUAGUUUGGGUUUAAGUCGACCUUAUUCUCCCACAGUCUGGUAACAUCAAAUUAUCUCGUUGCUCGCGUCUGGUCAAAUCGUUUCACAUCGGCGUGGAUUAACUUCAAAUCAGAGAGACGGAAGUCAGUGUUGGCAAUCGAAGCCGCGCGCAAAGCUAAUCCGCGAUAAUAAUAAAAGACACAAUGUCGGAAGCGACUACGGUGCUUCUGAGGAAGAGGGAAAGAACGCAGAAUUGGAUCCCGGAAGAGAAGAGCGUACUGUUCGCUCUCAUCAAGCAUCACAUUAAUGCGAUCGAGAACAAGAAGAUCGACGCCGCCGCGUCCGCGAUGAAAUCCUUCGCCUGGCAGCAGAUCUACUGCGCAUUUCGCGGUCGAUUCUCGACGGAUCGGGAUAUCACUCGUAUCAGGGAGCAAUGGCGAAGAAUGAAGGCGCAAUCCAGAAUGGAGAUGUACACGUUUGCCGAAAAGGUGCGAACUCUGGGACCGGAAGCGGCCGCGAAAUCCCGUCCUUCGAAUCUAUCGAUCGAGGUGUGGAGAUUGAUGGAGAAUAUAAAACGAAACGACGGCGAGACCGAUCGUUCGGAUGACAGCAGUCAGGAUAAUGAAAAUCCGGUGAAUCGGACGACAAUACAUGCUAUCCUGGAUAAAUUACUGACAGAAGCAUUAGCAACAGACCACAAUAUUAAAAUCGAGGAGAAUAAUGACAUGGAGGACGAAAACAGCAACAGUGAAAUGUCGCAAAACCAGCCCGAUGACGUCUCGCCUCAAAAGCGUUCGAGGAUCAUGGAAAACAAGCCUGUGGAUCUUGCGGAACAAAAAAGUGCUUGUCCGGACAGCGUGUCGACGUCUCAUAUUGACGAUGUCGAACACUGCGACCUAGCGACGGAGUUAUCUUCCGCUUCCAUGGCCUGUCCGACUAUUUCCAACAAAAAUAAGUGGCUUCAGCGGGAGAUGUGGAUAUUCAAAUCCACUCAACGCGAGCACGAGAUUAAACUAAAGAUGUUAAAUAUCGAGCUUGAGCGCGCGAAUUUGCAGAGACAAGCUGCCAUCAACGAGCUAAAAACAUCGGAAAUUAAGAGACAGUUGAUGGAAGAUCAAGCUUCCGAUUA